CAAAAUACCAUUCAAAGCAGGAAGUUGCAGCGAGGUGAAUCAGAUCAAACAAUGAAGAUUAAGCAAGUUAUGCUGUUGUCAUUGCGGUGGUUUGAUAAUGACUUUCAGUUUAGCGCACUUAUAUUCCAAGAAAAAGUUUUUUUUCAAACAAACAACUUGUUGGGACACUUUUUUUUCUUUUUUUUUUCCAAGACAGAAAAAUGACAAGAUAAGUAAAAACUUUGUUCUUGUAAGCUUAUUUAAAGUUGACCAUCAAAUGUGAUCACCAUUUACAUUUUAAUAUAACAAACACGUUCUAUCCUUUUUUUUCUAUUAAUACAUAGGGUGAAAAUAAAAUAAAUUAUAUUGACUUGUAUCAAAUAUAUUACAAUAAUCAUAAAGAAAACAUUGUUAUCAAUUGUAUGAUGCAUGUACAUGUCUUAAAACUAUUCUAUUCUAUUCCCAGUAUGUUUUAGGUUACAUUUUUAAAUAAUUAUUUUUAUUUUUAAGGCCAUCAAUGGUCUGACCCCAGCAUACUUGGCUGAAAUUUCAAUCUCGAUUUCGAACAUAUGUGUUUAAAUGGGCUUUUAACAGACAAUUGCUAUAAGUAUUUAUUAUUACUGUUUUACCAUGUGUGGUUUUACUUGCUUUUAACUUAUUUGUCCAGUAAAACACCAUAGUGACGAUAAAAGGUUCUAUGCAAAUAGACCUUGAUUGAUUGAUUCUAUUAUUUUGUAUUGUUUUCUAUUCUAUUUUAUUAUAUUCCAUUUCACAUCUAUUCCAUUCCAUUCCUGUUCAAUUUUAUCCUAUUCAAUUUCUAUUGUAUUCUAUUUUACUCUAUUACAUUUAGUUUCUAUUCUCUUUCUACAUAUGAAAAGAAAAUAAGUUAUUAUAUAUUUACUAGUAUUAAAUAUAGCAUAAUACUCAUUAUGAAAACACUGUUAAUAACUGUAUGUUGCAUAUAUACUGUAUGUGUCCAAACCAUUCUCUGAAGAAUAAAGAGACAGUCGGGCCUAUGGUCAUUUGUCUGAUCUUGUUCAAAUCAAUCAUAAAGAGAAUACGGUAUGUUUUGUUUUGUCUCAAGCAGAACUCACCUGGAACCAGUAGAGCCAGGAGCAAGAAUCCACACCAGCCUGAGUGCAUGUUGAGAUUGACAAGGAAGUCCAGAGUGCACCUGCGCUCAGGUACUCGCCCCUGUACCAUCUGUGAGCCUGUGGCCUCGCUCUCUUCAUCUCUCCUUCUAUCAAGGCACCAUCGGGACUCUGCAUGGCAGGGACGUCCUCCUCCCUGAGUCAAGACUAAGCUUGACCGCAUACCUUAACUGGACAUCAGUUGGUUGGCAUCAGAAGGUUCUCAAAUGGGCACCCCCCGUCAUUAACGUUUCGUCGAAUUAAGCCCAUGACGCUUCGGAGGGGCUCGACGGCAGAUCCAGCGUCCUGGCUCUACCCCUGCUGAAUGCCACCCAACUCUAUGUCCCUAGUCCUUCAUGGUGUUGGCUACCAGCCGCUUCCUAGCCAGCCCCUUGACCCCCAGCAGUCUGAGGGCUCUCCAGAGCGACCGCCCCGCAAGGCCUCUACGGCCCACCUCCACCGGGUACUGUCAGCUCGAUAAGCACCACCUGUUUGGUUCCUUUAGACCACAGAACAAUAUCAGGUCUCAGGGUAGUGUGGGCUAUCUCCUCUGGGAAUUUCAGCUGCUUCUUCAGGUCGACCCGCAUCUCCCAGUCGCUUGCCGUGGCCAGGAUUCCUUUGUUCCUCCCUCCUGCUGCUGCGCUUUCACCUGCCCUGAUGAAAUGGAUGAAGCGAGGCCCAUUAGAGAGCUGCCUUGUCCUCUUCCUGGCCUGCUCAACACCCUCUGCCAGCUGAGCAAGGAUCUGGUCAUGACGCCACCGGAACUUGCCAUCUGCUAAACUUGAGUGACAAGAGGAGAGGACAUGCUCCAGGUUGGCUAUCUUUCCGCAGAGUGUACAGCUGGGACUCUCUACCAUUCCCUAAGUAUGGAGGUUUGAUGGGGUGGGCAGGACAUCAUAUGUAGAACACAGCAGGAACUUAAUCCGGUGGCCUUCCAUGCUCCAGAUGUCCUUCCAGGUUAGAGAGCUGUCUUUUACACUCUCCCAUCUAGUCCAGCUGCCUUGUUUGUUCAUCUUAGCUAUAUCUUGGACCUAUCUUGGACAUAUCUAUGACAUUUCUUAGACUUCUUGAACAUGUCUUAGACUAUCGUAGACAUCUUGGACAUAUCUUAGACCUAUCCUGGACAUAUCUUGGACAUGUUUUGGACGCAUCUUAGACAUAUGUUAAACAUAUCUUGGACAUGUCUUUGACAUGUUUUAGACGCAUCUUAGACAUAUGUUUGACAUAUGUUAAACAUAUCUUGGACAUAUCUAUGACAUGUUAUAGACCUAUCUUAAACAUAUCUUGGACAUAUCUUGGACAUGUCUUGGACACAUCUUAGAUAUAUCCUGAACAUAUCUAGACCUAUCUUAGACAUAUCUUGGACCUAUUUUGGACAUAUUCUGGAUAUAUCCAUGACAUUUCAUAGACCUAUCUUAGACAUACUGUAUCUUGGACAUAUCUUAGACCUAUCUUAGAUAUAUCUUGGACCUAUCUUGGACAUAUCUAUGACAUUUCUUAGACAUCUUGAACAUGUCUUAGACUAUCUUUGACAUAUCUUGGACAUAUCUUAGUCAUAUCUUAGUCAUAUCUUGGACAUAUCUGUGACAUUUCUUAGACAUGUCUUGGACAUAUCUUGAACAUAUAUAUGACCAGUGUUGGGACUAAUGCGUUACUUUGUAACACAUAACUGUAAUGCCAUUAUUUUCGGCGGUGUGAAAUCGAGUCACAUGACUUGGACUCAAGUCAGACUCGAGUCAUGAAUUUGAUGACUUUAGACUCGACUUGACAAAAUGUAAAGAGACUUGCAACUGGAGUUAGACUUUAACAUUAAUGACUUGUGACUUCACUUGGACUUGAGCCUUUUGACUUGACAAGACUUGCUACUUUCUCCAAAACCCAAAGAUUAAAAUGUUAUUCAGGA